UUCUUCUCUCAAUUAUCCAACUCUUUUUUUUUUACUCUUAACCAUUAUUGUUCUCUUCUCCAUUUUCCUCUGUUUUCCUUUCCUCUGUUCUCCCAACUCUCUCUAUUGUCAAGCAACAAGAACAAAAAUGCCGGCGGCCGGCUUCGUAACGAAAGGGGGUAAAGAAUACCCCGGAAAACUCACCCCUUACGUCCUCGCAACAUGCAUUGUUGCGGCCAUGGGUGGUCUCAUCUUCGGCUAUGACAUCGGAAUUUCAGGUGGAGUAACAUCGAUGCCGGAUUUCUUGAAGAAGUUUUUCCCAUCAGUAUACAGAAAAGAAGCACUAGAUAAAUCAACAAAUCAGUACUGCAAAUUUGAUAGUGUGACAUUAACAUUGUUCACAUCAUCUUUGUAUUUGGCUGCUUUAAUUGCUUCAAUAGUGGCUUCUUAUGUAACAAGAAAACUGGGUAGAAAACUUUCCAUGUUAUUUGGAGGUAUUCUUUUCUGUGCUGGUGCUCUCAUUAAUGCUUUUGCCAGAGAUGUUGCUAUGCUUAUUGUUGGUCGUAUUUUGCUGGGUUUUGGUGUUGGAUUUGCCAAUCAGUCAGUACCACUAUACCUAUCAGAAAUGGCACCAUACAAAUACAGAGGAUCCCUCAACAUCGGCUUCCAACUUUCAAUUUGCAUAGGCAUAUUAAUCGCCAACAUCCUCAACUACUUCUUCGCCAAACUCCACGAUUUAGGCUGGAGAUUAAGCUUAGGAGGAGCCAUGGUUCCCGCCAUAAUCAUCAGUGUAGGUUCCUUAAUCCUACCUGACACCCCAAACUCUUUAAUCGAGCGUGGUAAACCUGAUGAAGCAAUGCAGAAGCUCAAAAGAGUCCGUGGUAUCGACGAUGUGGAAGACGAGUUUAACGACCUAGUGGCUGCAAGUGAGUCCUCUAAGAAGGUUGAUAACCCUUGGAGGAAUCUGUUACAGAGGAAGUAUAGGCCUCAUCUUACUAUGGCUAUUGCCAUCCCUUUCUUCCAGCAACUUACUGGUAUCAAUGUGAUUAUGUUCUAUGCUCCGGUUUUGUUUAAGACGAUUGGGUUUAAGGAUAAUGCUUCGCUUAUGUCUGCUGUUAUUACUGGUGGUGUUAAUGUGUUGGCUACUUUGGUUUCUAUUUAUGGUGUUGAUAAAUGGGGUCGUAGGUUCCUCUUCCUUGAGGGUGGUGUUCAGAUGUUCAUUUGUCAGAUAGUUGUAGCUAUAUUCAUUGGAGUGAAAUUCGGAGUAAGUGGAAACGCCGAGAAUCUCCCAGAAUGGUACGCCAUAGUAGUAGUCCUCUUCAUAUGCAUCUACGUAGCCGCCUUCGCAUGGUCAUGGGGUCCACUAGGCUGGUUAGUACCCUCAGAAAUCUUCCCCUUAGAGAUCAGAUCAGCAGCUCAGAGUGUCAACGUAUCAGUCAACAUGUUCUUCACCUUCGUAAUAGCCCAAGUAUUCCUCACUAUGCUCUGCCACUUCAAGUUCGGACUCUUCCUCUUCUUCGCCUUCUUUGUCGUGAUCAUGUCUGUGUUCGUCUACUUCUUCUUGCCCGAGACUAGGGGAAUUCCUAUUGAGGAAAUGAGCAUUGUUUGGAAGAAUCAUUGGUAUUGGGGUAAGUAUAUUCCUGAUGAUGAUCUUCCUCAUGGUGGUUAUGCUCUUGAGAUGGGUAAGGGUAGUAAUAAUGGACAGGCUACUAAGACUGUUUGAUGAAAAUCUUUAAUUUCUUUUACUAAGUUUGAGGGAGGGAUUGCAUUUUAGUGAAAUUUCUUAGGAUUGGAUACACAGGAAUUGUAUUUAAUUAUAUCAUUAGAUUAGCUCCUUUUUCAUAUAUAUUAGCAAGUAUUUUGAUCAACAAAUUGUGAUUUGGCUAAUUGGCUAUGGACUGGCUGUAAUGGUGGCAUGCUUAUAUACAUAAACAAGCAAAUAUUGUUUCUUAAUUAAA